CGGGGUUGGGGCCUGGCGGCGGGCGCGUUGACCAGCCGGCACGCAGGGCGGGGGUCGCCGCCGGCUACGGGCCCCGGCGGGCGGGCUGAGGCGAUGCGCGCCGGCGCGGGAAGGCAGCAGGAGCAGCCGCAGCCGCUGUCGCGGCGGGAGCACCAGCACCAGCCCUGACGGCCGCGGCCGCCCACGCCGGCGAGCAGGAGGCGGCGGCGCGCCGUGCCGUGUCGGCGGCGGGAGGAUGCGUCAGGAUGAAACGCCACAGGCAUCUAAGCACCAGUGACAGUUCAGACAAUGAGAGUCCCUCCACUUCCUUUUCUUCUUGUUCUAAAUACAGGAGCAAGUCAAAAACACCAGCAAAUGAACAAAAGAAGCCUGCUGAGGUGUUCCGUAAGGAUCUCAUUAGUGCCAUGAAACUACCAGAUUCUCACCAUGUCAACCCUGAUGAGUAUUAUAUCUUCGCUGACACGUGGAAACAAGAAUGGGAGAAAGGGGUUCAAGUUCCAGCCAGUCCAGAAACUAUUCCACAGCCUUCUCUCAGGGUUGUAGCAGAAAAGGUGAAAGAAGUACUGUAUACACGACCCAGGAAAUACAUCCACUGCUCCAGCCAAGAGCCCACAGAACCAGGUUACAUCAACAUUUUAGAACUGGCAGAAUCUAUGUGUCGCUAUGACUUGGAUGACAUGGACAUCUUUUGGCUUCAGGAGCUAAAUGAAGAGCUUACAGAAAUGGGAUGCGGGCCCCUGGAUGAAAACACAAUGGAAAAGACAAUUGAAGUGCUGGAACGGCACUGUCAUGAGAACAUGAAUCAUGCUAUUGAAACUGAGGAAGGGUUGGGUAUUGAAUAUGAUGAAGAUGUCAUCUGUGAUGUGUGCCGAUCCCCUGACAGUGAAGAUGGGAAUGACAUGGUGUUUUGUGACAAGUGUAAUAUCUGUGUCCAUCAGGCAUGCUAUGGAAUCUUAAAAGUACCUGAAGGGAGCUGGCUGUGUCGCACCUGUGUCCUGGGAAUACAUCCUCAGUGCCUCCUGUGUCCCAAAAGAGGAGGUGCCAUGAAAGCUACCAGGACAGGGACCAAGUGGGCACACGUGAGCUGUGCUCUCUGGAUUCCAGAGGUUAGUAUUGCUUGCCCGGAAAGGAUGGAGCCAAUCACAAAGGUGUCUCACAUUCCACCAAGUCGAUGGGCUCUAGUGUGUAGUUUAUGCAAACUGAAAACUGGUGCUUGCAUUCAGUGUUCCGUGAAAAGCUGCAUCACUGCCUUUCAUGUCACCUGUGCCUUUGAGCAUAGCUUAGAGAUGAAGACUAUCCUGGAUGAUGGGGAUGAGGUCAAGUUCAAGUCAUAUUGUCUAAAGCACAGCAAGAACAAACAGAAUUCCCUGCCUGGUGUUGAUGAGCAUCCCAAAAGCGUGUCAGACCAGAAGCAAACAGAGAGUGAGAAAACCAGUUUACGAGCCCAAAAGCUCCGAGAGCUAGAAGAAGAGUUUUACUCCUUAGUUAAAGUGGAGGAUGUUGCAGCAGAACUGGGCCUUCCUAAACUUGCUGUAGAUUUCAUCUACAAUUACUGGAAGUUAAAACGAAAAAGUAACUUUAACAAACCAUUAUUUCCUCCCAAGGAGGAUGAAGAAAAUGGCUUGGUGCAGCCAAAAGAAGAUAGCAUUCAUACUCGCAUGAGGAUGUUCAUGCAUUUGAGGCAAGACCUAGAGAGGGUAAGAAAUCUCUGCUACAUGGUAAGCAGGAGAGAGAAACUGAAGUUAUCUCACAGUAAAGUACAUGAACAGGUCUUCAAUUUGCAAGUCCAGCUCAUUAAUCAGGAAAUUGCUGCAGGCCAUGCCCUGACAAGUGCACUAGAGAACACGCUGUUCUACCCACCUCCUAGGAUCACCCUGAAGUUGAAAAUGCCCAAAUCAGCACUAGGAGAUUGCAAAAAUAACUCACUGAAGCCUGGCAACAGGCCGCUUUCUCCUGACAACAACAGCACUGUUUACAGCAAACGAAGCCUGCCGAUGUCCAAGGAGUCCUUUGAAAUCAAAGCGAAAUCUUACUCCAGGUAUCAGCACGACAGCAGAAGUAACGGGCUAUUGGCAGGGAUCGGCAAGCCGCGGAGUGAGGUAAAGGAUUCUGGUCCCACACAGAUUCCGGAGUUUUACCGGGGCCAGCCGUCUGGGAAGCCCUUAGCACUCCAGGCUGCUUUGCACGGACAGUCUUCCAUUGGGAACGGGCGGGUGCAGCAGGAGAACUUGAGGCUGGCGGCCAGAUCCAAUGGUCUGAUGGGCAGGGCUGGAGACGUGAGCCAGAGAGACAGCUCCAGCCAGACGCCCUACGAACAAGAGUCCGUGCUCACAACUCACUUGGCCAGCCAGAGCAGUUUCAGAAAAUCUACCAUAGAACAUUUCAGCCGAUCCUUUAAAGAGGCUACCAACAGUCUGGUGAGGACCACAGAAGAUCUCCGAUGCUGUGAAAAGCCAACAAGAAGACUUGCAGCAAAAGAUCGCUUGUGGAGCAAGCAGAUGCUUGAAGGUGCUCCUUACCAGGACAAUGACGGGUACUGUCCUGACUUAGAGCUGAGUGACUCUGAAGUGGAAAGUGAUGAAAACAAAGAGCAAUUGAGGUUAAGACGCAGUAGCUCAGAGAGAGAAAGCCCAAGUAAGGACUUUGGAAGAGAUUGUCACAAUAGAAACAAAAAGAAUAUGAUUUCUCACAGUUCGGUACAAAGGUGAUUAGAAGCCCCCACGGGGUUAACUCAGCCUUUAUGUGUUCCAGUGUACCAGUGCAAAGCUCAGCAUCAAAAGGUUCCAGAAAAUAGUCCAGGACCUACGUUAGGAAGAGUUGCAGUAGGGGAUGGGGGGCAGGGAGAGAAGUAAGUGUAGUUCUGUUCAACUGUGAAUUGACUGGCAGUUUUCGCAGGGUUAAUUCAAUGAUUGCAAAGUCAUGUGGAAAUCUGUGUGUUCAUUUUAGAGGGUAACACCUGGGAGAGCAAGAGGCAGUUAAUAUUUGUGUAAAUUCAAGAAACUGUUCCCCCUUUGCCAGCUUACAUGCGAGGCAUCAUGUUCAUGUUAUGCCAGUCUUGUGGUGGACAGGUAUUAAAGAAGCCCUUGCAUAGCUCUACUGUGUUGCAGGAGAACUGCAAAUGGAGACACUGAAACUGCAUUUCUGCAGCACCUGCAGUAUGGCUUUGAUCCAGCAACACACUUCCAGAUGUGUGAGGAAGUUAAGCACAUGGAAAAAUCCUGAUGGUUUCCCCGAGGAACGUUUGUGCUCAGCUCUCCGAGCACAUCCUGGCGUGCUCUGCUGGAUCUGGCCCAAAGUGACUACUAAGUGACGAUCCUCUUCUGCAGGAGGCUUUGAACUGCAGUGACAUUUGCAGGCUCCUGGCAGAAGGUGGAAGCAGGAGUCACUGGUACUGCCAAACUCGGCUGACCUCUAGGCACGCCCCCUUUGCCUGCUCUUGCUGAAGGUUGUGCUUCUUUUCACAACAACUUGCUUAUUUUGUAAAUACACAACUUCUAGUACUUCUUCUU